CAUCUAGAUUCUAGACUCAGUAGCAACUAACAGCAAGUAAAUUAACCAACCUUUCGCUCUGUGUUGUGUGUGUUUACACAUCCCAGUUUUGUUUGAUAAAACUAUUUUGAUUUUUAUUUUUCUAUUUCACAUUUGUUCAAAUUUCAAACUAGUUGCAUCUAUAAUGGGAGAAAAGAAUUCAAAAAUUGAGUGUAACAAAGAAAAUUUAAGUAACAGGAAUCAAGAGAGCGGGAGGCAAAGUCAUUGUACAGCAGAAGACGUCGUAAAAAUUUUAGAAACUCAAAAACGGUUAUAUAACGAGAGACUAUUGGCAGAACAAAGCAGAAUAUACCCCAAUAUACAAUCAGAAUUGACUUAUUCACCAAGUACUUCAAAUAGUUACAAUAUAACACCGACCGCUCCUGCAGAGAUCCUUUUAUAUACAACUGAUACCCAAACAAUGGGAGCUGCUAGCCAAAUUAUCCCAUUGCGUGAACAGCAACCUACUCAGAGACAUGAAUAUCCAACUUCGGGCCCUUCAACAUCCACUUUGGAUUCACAAGAAUCAAAUAAACAAAGACACAAUAGCAGACCAAAUCAAAGAGCUGCGAGUUCCUUGCGACAAUAUGAAUAUCCAACUUCGGGCCCUUCAACAUCCACUUUGGUUUCCCAAGAAUCAAAUAAACAAAGACACAAUAGCAGACCAAAUCAAAGAGCUGCGAGUUCCUUGCAACAAUAUGAAUAUCCAACUUCGGGCCCUUCAACAUCCACUUUGGUUUCCCAAGAAUCAAAUACACAAAGACACAAUAGCAGACCAAAUCAAAGAGCUGCGAGUUCCUUGCAACAACAUGAAUAUCCAACUCCGGGCCCUUCAACAUCCACUUUGGUUUCCCAAGAAUCAAAUAAACAAAGACGCAAUAGCAGACCAAAUCAAAGAGCUGCGAGUUCCUUGCAACAGACAAAUAGAAGAGCAAUUGUUAAUUGUGUUACUUGCAAGGAAAAGUUUGGUUUAAAUAUUUAUCAGUGUCAAAAUGGGCACAGCUCUUGCGAAGACUGCAAAUCCAAAAUGAAAAAUUGCGGUACAUGUUGUGAAAUUAUCACAAAUAUGAGAAACAUCACACUCGAGGCAACUUUUGCCUCUAACAUUGUAGAUGACAAGCCAAAAAAGCCGUGUAUAUAUAAGAGUCGUGGUUGCAUAUUGCAUUUUCAAAUGGAUGAUAUGGAGGCUCAUCUGACUGAUUGUAUAUUCAGGGAUCUACCCUGCCCUUUGACUAAUUUAAAUGAUGCCUGUAACUGGAAAGGAUGGAUGAAGAAUAUUUUGGAACACCUCCAUGACAUGCAUCCAGAAAAGUGUCAGGCUGAAGUUAACAAAGAAAUGUCAUUGCUGCUAAGCGGCUUGGAUUACAAAGGUUUUCAUUUAAUCACCCUUGGAAAUAUCCCCUUUAUACUACAUAUACAAAUUGACAUAACACUAAACAACAUUUCCAUGGCUGUACUGUGUCUCGGUACAAAAAUGCAAGCUUCCAAAUGGAUCUAUGAAUUGCAUGUAUACCAAAAGAAAACUCCUCGUCGCAAAUUCGAAUACAUCGACAUUUGUCAGCCGUACGGGACACCAAUCUGCGAUAUAAUUACAGCCUGUAAUUGUGCCAUCAUCAAUAUAGAUUAUGCAAAAACCUUCCUGGAUGCUGGCAAGUUGACUUAUAAGGUUUAUAUCAAGAAAAAGAAUAUUAAUCAAUAAAUAAUUUUUGCCACUAUAUAAACUUAUAAACAUUUAAAAUGGCAUUUAUAAAUCCCAUUAUCUUGACGUAGUUCAAAAAUAGUAUUACAUGUUAGCGAUAAGAGUAUAAUUUGUAUUAGACUACUUUUAACUCUUGAUUAUUCCAUUACUCUAUGCGAUGCUUAAAAUUUUAUUUUUCUUUUUUAUACUAUGCUUCAUUCUAUUAUUCCUCAGCUGAAGUGUCUUAGCAUCAUGAAAGAUGUUACAUGAAAAAAAAAUAUUAGAGCAUAUAUUUCUACUACUACUACUAUGUAAAGUUGCAUUAUUAUAUUAAAAAAUAAUUUCACAGUCGCUCAUGUGUACUUUCAAAUAAAACAACAAAAUUUAUUUAAUAGCCAUUACAUUUUAUUCAUACAUAAGCUCAAUUAUCUAGUUCUACGGGGUGACGAGUAUGCGAUAUCUGUUAGAGACUCGAUGGGCCCUAAUUGAUUUCAAUACAAUAAUAAAUAAUUGAAAUGUAAUAUCAAUAGGACAUUACAAGUUGAACACAUUUAGAAAGUAUAAGAUUCGUAAUAUUAAAACAAGUACACUUAUCAAUAAAACUUGAUUAACACUCUCUUCGAUGAUAGGUGUACAAUAAUUUUCCUUAACAAAAUUAUGUACUUGUAUUAGUGAAAGCCCUUUCUAUCUAUUUCUUGACUUAUGUUCUUCGGAAUACCUUUGUCUUGUUAUUAUAUUAGUGUUGCUAAGAUAUUUAUAUCUUCAAUAAAUUGAUGUUAAACAAAAAA